CUGCGCUUGUGGACUGCGUGAAGAAAAUGGAUGCGGAUGUGGAACUGGUUUCUUGCCAGUGCAAUACCUGCUUAGCUGGAGUAGGUCUUGUUCAUGUACACUGUACUGUGUCACCUCAGCAGUGCACCAAAAUUCCACCCAUCGGGAUAUGAAAUCUGAACCAACCAACGUUCUGCAGGAAACACUUUAAAAUGAAACAUGCAGAUACUUAGAGAAGUCAGGUGAGGAGGGGAAAGGAGUGGAGAUGCCUGCAUCAAAUGACCAAGACUUCCCCUCCGACUUGUCGGCUGAGGAUGGAGGACAAGACAAGCCAGUAUCUCAUUAUCUGUCAUGUACAGCUGCUGAUGUAUCCAGUGAAGGCGGGAAUCCUGCCCAGUCUGCACAAAAGCCAUCCAGAAUGCAAUCAGUACUCUCCAGAUUGUUUUGGAGGAGCAAGCAACGUGACAAAGGCCCCAGCUCCAUUGGACAGCAGUGUCAGAGAGAUGAGAUGACAUCCCAAGUGCUAGCUGAAAUCCCAAGCAGACCCUCACCAAGACAUCAUCAGGCACCAGAAAUUUUGCAAGUUUUGCCUUCAGCCAAAAAGAAGCCCUCGUCCAGAUUACAGUCAGUUCUGCGCAAGGUCAACAGGAAGAAAAAGGAUUGUGAAGGAAUGCCCGGGGUCUGCGUUGAACAAAGCUCUGGACAGAGGGCAGUACAAUCUAAUAAGCAUGAUCAGCCCUCAGAUGGAGAGGAGAAGGUUGACCUGUCAACACAACAAGUGCUGACAAAGGGUUCUCAUCCAGUCGAGCCAGACAGAGCUGCUGUCGUUCAUUUCUCCCCGCGAAGUGCUUGUCAUGUUGAGACUCUCAACGUCACUGGUGAUGAGAAUCCUUGUUUCUUUGGACCAAUGUAUGGGCCGACGUUCAACCUCACAGUUGUCUCUGCGCCAAAAGACCAAGGAGAAGACAAACGGGAAAUACACUCUCAUGAUGCUGUCUUUGGUAAGUUACCAAUCUCACCGGAGGACACCAAUAGACGGAGUAGUAAAAUUCAAACAUCAGCGGAAAUGCCAGUUGCAAGCAGUAAUUCUGACAGACAGCCUGGCCCAUAUGAAGAACUCAGUGCCACCAGGAAGCUUCAAGAGGCUACACUUGCUGAAGCUGCUGCUGAUCUUUGUGAGAAAGCGUUGCAAUCCCGGUACACCACCACAGGGAGUUAUGUGCAAAUCAUCCCGUGGCUUGAAGAUGACACAAAACAUAUCAUGGAUAUCUAUACAGGCCUGCAGGUUGUAGGUGAUUAUAUCAAAGGGAAGCUCAAGUCAUAUAAGGGAAUUUUCCUUGUUGAAACCAGGGAGGGUAAUGUUAUCAAGCGGAUCAUUUUGGAUGGUCAAGCUGGUGUUGGGAAGUCAACCUUAAUUGCCAAAGUAACGUAUGACUGGGCCAUGAAAUGUGUCAGUGUGUUGCUUAAGUACAAACUUGUGUUUGCUCUGAAAAUGCACUCUCUUGAGCAAAGCUCUGAGCUUGUUGAUGCAGUCUUUGCACAACUGUUGGACCGAGACACCCCCAUUGAUAAGUGUGCUUUAAAGUCCUUCAUCAACACCAAUCCUGAGAAGGUACUCAUUCUCUUGGAUGGUUUCGAUGAAUUUACGACCACCGACCUGAAUGAGUCUACGUUUGGCUCCAUCCUCAAAAUCCUGAAUCGAAAGGAGUGUAGAGAUUGCUGUGUGGUGGUGACAACCCGCUCCUCUCACUUAAGCAAACUGGUGAACAAGUUGUUGGUUCAGAAGCCUUUCACCCACGUCCGAGUCCUAGGGUUCAGUGCAGAAGAUGUUAAUGAUUAUAUAAGCAAGUUCUACUCCAAGGAGCCUGAGAAAGCUCAGCGGCUUUGUGAGAGAAUUCAGUCUUCUGAUGUGUUGCGUGAUCUGGCCAGGAGCCCCAUGCUGCUUCUUGUGAUGUGUGUUUUAUGGAGAGAAGAUUCUUCUCUCCCAGACACAAUGUAUCGUCUGUACAGUGAGGUACUGAGAUACAUGUUCAAGCGGAAAGCUGGCAUUUCAAAUCAUGAAGUGUCUAAGGUUGUCGUCGAACUUGGGAAAAUUGCUUUUCAUGGUCUCAUAUCUCCAGUGCAGCUGCUUUCAUUUAAACAGAGCGAGUUUGUGAAUAGUACAUUAAAUACAGCAUUAAGAGUAGGUCUUGUAACCAGUCAGAGGGUUAUGAAGGGUUUGGACACACUUGACAGCAUUCAGUUUAUGCAUAUGACAUUCCAAGAGUUCAGCGCAGCCAAAUAUUUUCAGAGCUUGUUAAAAACCAGCCCUGAAGAAUUUCAGAAGAUACUGAAACAACUUGAGAAUGCAAUCAAGAACCAUCCAGCUGGUUUUGAGUAUCUACUGCGCUUUUGUUGUGGUGACAGCCAGGGAUGCACUGCUCAAAUCUUGAAAAUGCUGCAGAAUACAUUUAGCAACUCGGCAUUAAAACUGGCCCUGAUGUGCUUCUUUGAGAGUCAGUCAAAGAGUAUACCUUCCCAAGACCUUGUGAGUGCAGUGCUGUCGAGUGCAGUACACAUUGAAGACUGCAACAGUGAUAGUCUGAAUUCGCAUAUGUGGUUUGUCAAACAGGUCAUGGAACAGCCAGAGGGACAUGCCAAUGCCAAGCUUGCCAGCGUAGCAGAAUUGGCUGUAUGCAGAUGUAACCUGCAGAGAUGGGAUACAUCUCUCACACACUGUUUGAAGGGAUUGAGUAAUUUAUCCAUCUUAGUGCUUAAAGAAUGCUCUCUCUCUGUCAUAAAUAUGCAACAUAUUGCAGCAUCGAUUGGCAAGUUAGUCAACCUGACCUUGCUAGACCUGUCAGGUAAUGAAUGUUUAGGUGGCUCAGUACCAUCUUGGGUCUUGCACCUACACGUUCUAAAAAGGCUGGAGAAGCUGAAUUUAGAAGAUUGUCAUUUAAAUAGGAAAGACGUUCGAAGCCUGGCUGUGUCAGUUGGACAUAUCGGCAGUCUUCACGAUUGUUCUGUCCAAACUGACGUUCAUCGUCGUUCCCCAGCGGAUGACCUUGUUUGGCCUACCAACCGCCUAGUGAGUGAGACUGAAAAAGAAACAAGUAGGAAACGUGGUAUAAGGCUAGAUAUAACUGAGUGUUCGUUGACUGGUUCAGACAUGGCAGAAAUAAUGGAGGCUUUGACCAGACGAAAAGACCUAGUUGAGUUGGUCCUAAGUAGAAAUAAUGGUUUGGGUGGUUCAGCAACUCUCUGGUUUAAUCCUCUCAUGCAUCUGAAGAGUCUCCAAGAGUUGGUCUUGAGUAACUGCUUGCUGAAAGACAGUGACAUUGAAUACAUUGCAGUAUCGUUGAGUGGAAUGCCUUUAGUGGCAAAACUGGAUCUGUCACAGAACAGCUUGGGUGGAUUGGGUGGUUCCUGGGCCUCUCACUUUCAGAUCAUGACGCACUUGCAGAAGCUGAGCCUUAAGUACUGCUCACUUACUGGUGAAGAUGCAAAGCUGCUAGCAAUUUCGCUCAGUUGUCUGGCUAACCUUACCAAGUUGGACCUCUCUUUCAACGAGUCUCUGGGUGGCUCGGCUGGAGUCUGGGCUCCUUGCCUUGACCAGAUGAGGUCACUUCAAAAGCUAUACUUACGCCAGUGUGCUUUGUCAAGCAAGGAUGUAAAAUACAUUGCCAUGUCCCUGAGCAGUAUGGCCAGCUGCAAGGACUUGAACCUCUCUAGCAAUGAACUGCUGAGUGCCUCGGCAGGCAAUUGGUCCCCUCACCUUAGGCGCAUGCAUCAUCUUAAGAACCUGAUAUUGCUAGGUUGCAAUCUGAACAAACAGGAUUUGAGGCAUCUUGCUACAUCAUUCAGCUACAUGCCGAAUCUGGUUAACUGUUUGGUUAAGAGUGCUUACUUGAGCGGGCGAUUUCUGGUUGAACCUACUAAAACUGGCAUCAGGCUUGACCUUAGUCAGCGCUCUUUAACGGGCAAAGAUCUAGCCUUCAUCCUUGAAGCAGUGAGCAACAGGAAUGACCUUGUGGAGUUUAUCCUCAGUGGAAAUGUCGCAGUUAGUGGCUCGGCAGCACUGUGGUCGCCAUACUUAAAGCAGUUAAGACGACUAGAACGAUUGGAAUUACAUCACUGCUCCUUGCAGCCCAAAGACAUCGAACACAUUGCUCUGAUGCUUGAGGAUAUGACAUCUUUGACCAAGCUGGACUUGUCCCUGAAUGACACCUUAGGUGGUUCAGGCAAACUGUGGGCACCCCAACUGAAGCUCAUGAAGCAUCUACAAAUGUUGGACUUGAGUUCAUGUGAUUUGACAGGGGUUGACAUGAAGAAUAUUUCUGUGUCACUGUGUGAUCUGCCAAAUCUGAAAGGGUUGAAAGUCUCCGAUAAUGAUUCUCUGGGUGGCACAGCAUCAUUGUGGUCCGUCCCUUUGCAGUCCUUGAACCAUCUUGAGAUGCUGGAAUUUGAUGAGUGCAAUAUCAAAAGGCAGGAAUUCAAGUAUGUUGCUGCAUCAAUCGGUCUUCUGAGAAACCUUGUAAACUGCUCUGUCCGAAGCAAUUACAUGGGCAGCAGGUUCCAGUUUUCAAUUCAGCCCGUCAGUUCUGGGAUACAUGUGUACCUGAGUGACUAUUCACUGACGGGCACAAAUCUAGCAGAUAUUUUGGAGGGUUUGAGUUCUAGGUCUAGUGACCUGGUCGAAUUAAGCCUUGUUGGUAAUGAUGCACUGGCAAACUCGGCAUCUCUGUGGUCCUUCCAUCUGAAACAGUUGAAGAACCUCCAAGUGUUGGUACUGAAUCGGUGCUCAAUGCUCGGAUCAGAUGUGGAACAAAUUACUCUAACUUUGAGUAGCAUGCCCUCACUUCGUGCAUUGGAGCUGUCAGGGAAUAUGGCAUUGGGCGGUGCCUGCAAUGUGUGGGCGCCUUUUUUGUACCACGUGAAGCAUAUCCAGGAGCUGCACCUAAGCUGUUGCUCACUGAUGCCCAGUGAUAUGAAGCACAUUGCCGAGGCAUGCAGCGUGAUGCCUGCCCUCUCCGAAUUAGAUCUUACCGGCAAUGAGGCGCUGAGUGGCUCUGCAGCAUUGUGGGCGCCACACCUGAAGCAGAUGAAGCAUCUUUGUAAUCUUCGAUUCCAGGAGUGCCUUCUAACGGGGGAGGAUAAGCAGCAUAUCGCUAGGUGCCUGUCUCUGAACGAAUCAGCCAGCUGCUUUAUUUAACACGUUCAGGAAUGUAGUACUUAUUAUUGAUGACACAAAGAUGGGUUUGUCUCGCCCGUGACUCGUUGAAAUCAGUGUAGUAUUUCCUUGAAUUUUGUACUGACACAUCGAGUUUGUCCGUGACUACGUCAUUCUGAACACAUUUAUCAUUUCAUCAGUUCUGCUACCUUAGAGGCAGCUGAGCAUUUGCGGUAUUAAGUAGUGUAUCUCGCAGGACGACAUGUUCUGUCACACUGUGGACAGCUCAUAAUAAGUAUUCUUCACUUUAGUACAUCACUCUGAGAUCUUAGGUCUUAGACUGGUAGCACAUUCCACUUUUCACACCACGUUGUGGUUAAGUGACAUCUUGAGUUAGACAGUCACGAAACGACUACCUGGUUUUGUUAUAUAUCAGCGGGUAUUUUUUUUUUAUUUACACCGUAGUCUAGGGUUUUUGCUCUGGUAGUGCUGAUUCGCGCUUGAAAAAGACUAAUGCUGACAGAACCAGUCAGAGAGAGCGCGCGAAAACACGAAACGAUGGUGCCCGUACUACAACAAAUAAAUAUCUGUAUUUAGUCCCGAAAGUUGAUACUUCAGAGGUGAUAGACCGAUGGAUUCUAUUGGGGCGAUUCCUCUUCCUCUGAUGGUCAAGUUUUUCUUUGAUUUAUGUGAAAAAGUAGAAGUUAUAUCACUACUGUGAUCUCUGGCUUGAUGAGCUAGGGUAGCCAACCGCAUGCCUUGUUUUUUAGCAUUAGUUUUUUCGGGGGGAGGGGAUAAAAUACAAGUGCGAUGUGCAGACGGGUUAUGGCUUUGCAGCAAAUUGCGUCAAUAAUGCUUCAUAUACCUAUGGUAAAAGUCUCCCAAUAUCAAAAAUUAUUACUGUUAGCUGCAGUGCACUGUAUAGCACAGCAAAGAAUGAUAUCAAAAAUUCGAAUCCUUGGUGCGCCACUGCCUGUAUGCAUUUGAAGCAUGGAAGAAGGGAAACCGUUGAAAGACUCAAUAAAACUUUUACUCAUUAUGAGCUUAGUAUUUCGGUCGUGAAGUUACGUUUGGUUCACGUUUUGCAUUGCGUAGGCCUACCAUGAUUCCUAGUGGAGCUCUCACAUAACAUUUAGCAGCAUCUGAAGCCUUGCAAUAACGAGACGUCUUCCAGUUUUUAGUGACAUGCAGUGAAACCCUUUAGACUGUCUGAACAAUUAUGUCAUAUUUCCGCCACCACGUUAAAUCCUAUGCGCUUGUGUAUACAUACUCAGCACUAGUCUCUUUUCAUGCGCAAAUUGGUACCACCACCCUAGGCUGCGGUGAAGAUGAAAAAUACGCCAGCAGGUAGUACUGUUCCAUGAUACUCAAAGGUUGAGCAACAUCUUUGCUUCUGAGUGUCUGUGCAGCGCUUGGUUUAGUCAGAUCUUGGCCUGUGUUGGCCUAUAGUAUCAUUUAUGUGUACAUAGAUUAUGUACAAAUUCACUCCGAAAUGAAUCAACAUUCGUAUUAGACAGUGCACUGUCCAACAUGACCGUUGAUUCCUUUGGGACAUGUAUUUUCCUUUCAGUACACCAUUGAAAACUGUUACUUUCCGUGAAGUAUGUGCUUACUGUGAUGGUGUGUCUCGUGCUAAAGACCCAUUGUUGAUUUUUUAAACAUGUAUGUGCAAUAUAAGUUCUGUUUGCUCUUAUUUAGCUGUGAACAUUCAUUGUGGUUUUAUGUGCAGAUGUCAAACCUAAGCAGCUCAAAUGAGGAAAAUCUAUUAGUUUUAUAUUGUGUUCGGACAAAGAAGAUUGUCAUUUCGAUUUUUUCUUUCAAAUUGUGAAGUUCUUUAAAUUUGAUUGUAAACUUACAACUUGUGUUGGUAUUUUUGUAAGUGAAACCUUUUAUGUGAUAUACAUUAAUCAUGCGUUUUAAUGAACCUGUGAGUGUAAACCAUGCAUGUGGGAGAUAUUGAGUACUACGCGUAUUGUGUCUUAUGAAAGUAUGUUUUGAAUCAAUUAAUACUGCCAGAAAGUAUUUUAAAGCGGAACGAGGGGUGCCUAGAAGUAACUGUAUCGAAAUUGCAACAUUGAACAACACCCAAUGGGACAAUUAGAUCUGGCCAAGUCUUUUGCAGCUGUAUCAUAUCUUGUGUAGGAUUUUGCACCGUCAUCACCGGUGUUUGGCCGAGGAAAGAAUUAGCUGAUGUAACAAUUUACACGGUCCUUCUCCCGACCAAUCACACCUUGUUGAAUCUAGCUUUAGAAUCUUAGGUGUACAUCGACAAAAUGAAAAUUGAAAGACGAGUAGAAAAACAAGGUGUACAAGACAUCAUAAUGUGUACACCUCCAGUUUCAAAAAUUUUGUUUGCAAUGUAAACGAUGCGUUAAACAUGUCAAGGUAAGGCCUUGUUUUACCUUAAUUGUUAUGAAAACGUUGCCAAGUUUGCCAACUAGUGAGUUGCCCUUUGGAAAGACAGAAGGGACCAUUCACCUAAAUUCAUAAAUACCCCAGACAGUCUCCCUAUUCAACAUCAUGCAACUUGACCGCGUAUCAACAUUUUGAUAAUGCCCGGCCGCUGAGAAUGAUAUAGUAAUACCCGCUGCAAAAAUCACGCGCUGGCACCUGGAUACGAGACAAUUUAAAUCGAUUCUGAUUGGUCAAGAGUCUGCGUGCACGUGGCUUGCCACACGUAUUCCUAGUCCAUACAUGUUUAAGGUACGUCGUCAUUUAAAUAUUGCCAUCUAAUAUUUUAUCUUUUUUAUUAUUAAAGAUAGAAUUCAACACUCAGGAUUUUUACGAAGAAAUGUGUACAGAUAUAUGACAAAUUUGAAACCUUAAUUUGUACAGAUGUAUUACAUCAUGUGUUGGCUAUGAAUAUGCGAUGUGCGAUGCAAAGGUGUACAGUGGUUUUAAUGAGAUAGGGGAAACACUGUCAAAUAUAUCGAUUUUUAAAAUUGAAGACCUAGUAAGAUAUACUCCCACAGAAGUAUUUAUCAGUGAAACAUUUUACACAAAGUAUGUGCGCUAACUACUUACUGAUCUUUAUUUGUGCCAAUUUGUAAAUGUCAAGUAUAGGUAACUUAUAAACUCAAGCAAAUGCUGCCUGUUCUCAGGUAUUAUGUACUUAUGACAAAUUUGAACCGAAAUGCCGUUGAGGUACUUAUUACAUUCAUGUUGCAGGUUUGCCAUGUUGUUUCGUCCGCCAUAAUUAGUGACAAUAGUCGUAGUUCAGUCGUCGUACUCCUACAUGUACUCUAAAUUACUGUUGGACAAUAUCUGCGAAGGAAGUGACAUGGUUUGAAAUAAUAAAGUACUUUUCUAAAGAGGGUAAUUCUUUCUGCAAUUCGGUGCUUACAGUUUUAAAUAACCUGCCAAAUAUUUCUGAUUUUAUGAAUUUUGAGACUAACUUGAUAAUGCUAAUUAUAAUUUUAUUUGUAACUGGAACCUCAGAUGAUUCACUACUCUUAAUACUACGUUUAUACGCUUUUUUGCUUUACUAUAUUUAAAUGAGCAACCUAAUUUUUCAUUAAAGACCUACUUUGAGACAUCAGAUCCUACUGGCAUGGUAGGGAAACCUUUUUAAGCCAGGGCUUUUGGUUUCUGUCAAAAAAUGGCACGAGCAGUAUUUUUAUAUUGCAAUACAAUUUUACCAAUGCUGAACAUCAAAAUAUUUCCACGGACUUAUUAAUACAAGUAUAUCGCGGUGAGAAUUCACAACUUGCACUGCGCAACCUCCCGUUUUAUCUACAAUACCCCACGUAAUCUGUAGUAGUUUAUAUUUUCUGAAAAAAAAUACUUCUACAUGGCGGUGCUGUCCAACUGUCACAUUGUAAAGAAUUGACAACUACAUGUAUACACCUGCUGUACAGAGAUUGUAAGUUCAUUUCAAUUAUAACAGAGUACUGGUAAACUGUUUUGAGUCGUGAAGAUGCUAAGUUUAAUGUCGGAUGCUUUACCCUUCACCGACGUGUAUUUGUUAUUGUGUAAACACUGUAACCAUCUUAACCAUCACCCGUUGCUCUUCAGAUUCGAACCGGCCCACCAGUACCGGCAGGCUCAGUGGUCGAGUCGUAAGACGUCUACACUGGUAAGCAGGAGGUCGUGGGUCCGAGUCCCACCAAAGAAAGGUGGUGAUUUGUUUCACAAGAUUUGGAAGAACAUUGAUUUAAUCCAGUGUCCAUAAAAAAAAAGAACGGUGGUGAAGGGCAAAACACCUGAUGGGCUGUAGAGCCUUGUCGUUUUCAAAUCUGACCAAAGAGUGGCAAUAAGUGAGGUUGGCCCCUUCUUUUUAAUUAACCUUUUCGCUCCCGGCUUCUUAAAAGACCCCUUUCGUGUACAUGUUUCUUGUAGCCUUAAGUGGAAUUCUUCAGCCAGGAUGUAAUGAUCGAAGCUUGUUUGUCGUGAGUAGAUUAUGCCAAACUGACUCUGACUUCCUCAUAGUAAAAUCUUUCUAUUUUUUUCUGCUACUGGAAUGAAUAUGCAAAACGAGAAUAAAAAAGAAUGCGUAGGACGUCCAUAGAAAAGUUGAAACGAUUUAAAUGUAAUGUAUAAUGUUAACUAGACUGCCGUCAAAAAAAAGUUGGACAAAGUACCACUUUUGGUUUACGACGUACUGGAUAAUAUUCUAUGUACUUAAGAAUGUUGCCUCUUCAUUUGCAAUAUGUCUAGCCUAAAACCCUUAGGAAUUCUGUAUUCUCAUUAUUAACGAAAUUACAACAUUAAUCAUUCUUUAAGAACAAAUUAUGAAUAAUCCUGCCUUAUUACUUUCUCCAAGUGUCAAGUGCAAGUUGAGGCCUUAUUUCCAGCUAAGUCUAUCGCAGCGCCAGUAUGUCUACCCCUCCUCAUCAACUGUAGUUAUGAAAGAGGACUUUGGCAAUAUUUCCAGUUUCACUAAUGCUUGAAUCAAUGGCCGAAAAUGUCAGAUGCUUGAUAGGUCCUCUCCAUUCUGCAGCUGUUAUUAAAAAACAACUGGGGCAUAACAAUUAGUAAAAAGAAUAAGAGAAUAAAUAUGUGUUUGUCUGAAACA